AUGAAGUUAACUAUCCCUGUCCUACUCCUCGGGGCUGUCUCAGCGGUCAAUGGCUUGAGUGAGUGCAUUCUCAACUGCCAAGCCGAGGCUGCAGCAAGCGACUGCAGCACCAGUAACUAUAAUCAGACCAGCUGCUACUGCAAUAACGGUGACUUCCCCAUUGAUGUGCAAUGGUGCCUAGAAAAGAGCUGCUCGGAUGAUAUCGGAUCUUUCCACACCUAUCGUGGCUCACAGUGCGGAGGAUCUUCUGCUACCACCACCGCAACUGCAGCUGCCUCAACUUCAACCAUAACUCUGAGUAGCUGCAUCCUAGACUGCCAGUCUACUGCCGCCGACACUGUCGGUGGUGUUUGCUCGUCUAGCAACUACAACAACACAGCCUGUUAUUGUGACUCGGAUUCCUUCGCCACCCAAACCCAGGACUGCAUCUUCUCGGACUGUGCCGGCCAAGAUGGCACCUUCCACCAAUGGCGUGGAUCUAUCUGCGCAUCCAGCACAACCACAAGCAGUUCCACCUCAGCUGCGACAUCCACUAGCUCUAGUUCCGGCAGCUCUGGACUCAGCAAAGGCGCCAUCGCAGGCAUUAGUGUCGGCUCUGCCGUCGCCGGGAUUGCAAUUAUCUCCUUGAUUGUAUUUACGCUCCUACGUCGCCGGUGGAAAGCCGCCCAUACUUACAACAAGGACAGUGACCCUAGGAACUUUCCGCUUCAUAAGAUGGCUUCGGCUUCGACGUCUGUUGCGUGA